AUGGCGAUGGAUGAAAGAAAGCAGAAGGCGCUGCACGAUUUCAGGGCCAAGCUACUGCAGCACAAGGAAGUGAACGAUCGAGUUCGUUCGAUGAGGGAGGACUUCAAGACGCAGAAGAGAGCCUAUGACAAAUCUGAGGAUGAUCUCAAGGCUCUCCAGAGCGUGGGUCAGAUCAUCGGUGAAGUGCUGCGCCAGCUUGACGAUGAGAAGUUCAUUGUCAAGGCCUCGAGCGGUCCUCGCUAUGUGGUAGGUUGCCGCAAGCGCGUGGAGAAGAAGAAGCUUAUCGCUGGCACCCGUGUGGCUCUCGACAUGACCACGCUCACCAUCAUGAGGGCGCUGCCCAGGGAAGUCGACCCUGUGGUGUUCAAGAUGUUGUCGGAGGACCCUGGCGAGGUGUCCUACUCCUCCAUCGGUGGUUUGAACGAACAGAUUCGCGAUCUUCGUGAGACGAUCGAGCUGCCCCUCACGAACCCUGAGCUCUUCCUGCGCGUGGGUAUCAAGCCCCCGAAGGGAGUGCUCCUCUACGGUCCGCCCGGUACCGGCAAGACCCUGCUCGCCAGAGCCAUGGCGCACAACGUGGAGGCCAAGUUCAUGAAGGUCGUGUCUUCGGCCAUUGUUGAUAAAUACAUCGGCGAGAGCGCGCGUCUGAUCCGAGAGAUGUUCGGCUAUGCCCGUGAGCACCAGCCGUGCAUCAUCUUCAUGGACGAAAUCGACGCUAUUGGAGGCAGGCGUUUCUCGCAGGGUACCUCCGCCGACAGAGAGAUUCAGAGGACGCUCAUGGAGCUUCUCAACCAGAUGGACGGUUUCGACGAGCUGGGAAUGGUGAAGAUCAUUAUGGCCACCAACCGGCCAGACGUACUCGACCCAGCCCUGCUUCGCCCCGGUCGUCUCGACCGUAAGAUCGAGAUCCCUCUGCCCAACGAGUCGGCGCGUCUGGACAUCAUCAAGAUCCACUCCGAGUCGAUCACCAAGCACGGCGACAUCGACUUCGAGUCGGUGGUCAAGCUUUCCGACGGCUUCAACGGCGCCGAUCUGAGGAACGUCGUCACGGAGGCCGGCAUGUUCGCCAUCAGGGCCGAGAGGGACUACGUCAUCAGCGAAGACUUCAUGAAGGCCGCGCGCAAGCUCGCCGAGAACAAGAAGCUCGAGAGCAAGCUCGAGUACAAGAAGCUCUAA